AUGAGCGGCGCUGCAGCGAUGCGGGGGGCCCUCGAACAGGAGGAGGGCGGGGCCCCCCUGAGGCUCUUCCUCGCCGCGAACGGCGUGGGGGCCCCCCGCUCCUCGGAGGCCGAGAAGCAGGGCCCCAUCCGCCCCGCGUUCGCCACCUCGCCCGCGCCCGGGCUCGUGCGCAGCUACUCCACAGCAGACCCCACCAACGACGCCUUCACUGUGUCCCACGAGCUGGACUUCGAUGACUGGGUGACCACGGUGCUGGGGACUUUGCAGCUGCUGGUGUCUUCUUCCGUGGUGGCUCUUGGGGUUUAUUUGCUGUUCACUUGCCCCGAAAUGGCCCGAGAGGCGCCGCUCUUGUUUUGCUUCGUGGCCUUCUCGCUGUCAGCAGAGCUCGCGCUGCUGCUGCUGGUUUUGCUGCUGAUGCUGGCCGUGCGGCUGCUGUGCGGCGCCGCCCGCGCCGAAUACACCUCCGCCGUCUGCGGGAUCUUCCACAGAACUAUGGAAGGAGUUAUUUAUUUUCUUUGCGUGGGCUUCGGGGGGUCUUUGUUGGUGCUGCUUGCCACCGGGGACCCGCAGGACCCGUGGGUUCGAUACCUGGGGAAGCGCCGGGUGUUCGUGUGGGCGUUCGUGGGGCUCGAAGUGGCACUUUGUCUGCUGUAUUGCCUCCAAACUAUUCCCACUCUUUACGGAAUAUGCAAAUUUGUGUCUCACAAACUUUAUUUGAAAGUCACUGGCAGAGAAGAACACGAGUUCCAGAGGCCUGACGUCUCUCUCACCUACGCGCGCCUCGCUGACUAUGACUACUCGCUGCGGCACAUGCACAACCCUGCUGCUGCUGCUGCUGCUGCUGCUGCUGCUGCAGCAACCGACACUUCAAGGAUGUACGUACACUCCACGGAGCCAGACACUCCCGGGGCUGCACAGGCGAGCGAGAGAGAGCAGGCCCUCUUGGAUCAGAAUAUCUAA